AGAGAGAGCUGAGAGAGCGAGAGAGGAAAGGGGAGAGGGGAGAGAGAGAGACUAAAGGAACGCAGUCCGUUGCCUGUGUUGCUCAGUGCCAGAAACGCGGAGCUGGGGCGGAAAUGGAGGGGCUUAGGCUCUGUGGAGGGAACUGACAUUACAGACCGAGUACAGGAGAGGUAGACCUAUCGGAGAGGAAGGAAGGGGCUCGUCUGGACAACCGGAGGAUUCUAAGGAGCCAUCUUGUGAGAUGAGAUGGACACGUCACUGGCCUUGUCAAGUGGUUUCGACAUUGAUGAGACAGCACAGGGCUGGAUGGGACCCACGAUGCCCCCCAGUAAGAAGGCCCAGAGCCCCAGCAGCGGUUUAGGAGUGACUCAGGGUCUGAGUCCCCUCUAUCGGGAAGCUGAGGCAGCCGACCUGUCCCUUUCCCUGUCGGCCUCCUUCUCCAAGGCCGAAGACGAGGAGCUCACCAGCCUCUCCUGGCUCCACGAGAGCACCGACCUCCUCAACAGCUUCUCCCACUCAGGACUUCGGUCCGUCUCCCCCCUGCAGGACUCCGACGGUCACCCGCUACCCCCCCACUCCCCGUCUUCCUCCUCCCCUGAGCCCUGUGACUCCUCCCCCUACGACCUGGCCAUGGGUGCCAAUCGGAAGCCUCCGUACUCCUUCAGCUGUCUGAUCUUUAUGGCCAUAGAGGACGCUCCGUCCAAGAGGCUGCCGGUGAAAGAUAUCUAUGGUUGGAUCCUGGAGCAUUUCCCGUAUUUUGCUAGCGCCCCUACUGGCUGGAAGAACUCGGUGCGCCACAAUCUAUCACUCAAUAAGUGUUUCAAGAAGGUGGACAAGGACAGAAGUCAGAGUAUAGGUAAAGGCUCGUUGUGGUCCAUAGAUCCGGAGUACCGGCACAACCUGAUACAGGCCUUGAAGAAAACGCCGUACCACCCCUACUCCCCCGGGCUGGUAACCCCCUCCACCUCUCCCCCCACCUCUCCUCAGUCGUACCACAGUCCUCCGCUUUGGCCCGGGAGUCCCUUCUUCAGAAAGAACGGAGGAGUUCUCUUGCAAGUUCCUCAUGGCGUGAUCCAAAACGCCGCCCGCAUCAGGAGCCAGGGUCUGUUUCCCGUCAUCCGACCCCUACCCAUAAGCCCUGUGGGGAGCAGGACCACGGCGAUAAGGUCAGCUCUGGGAGACUAUCUGACCCGGGCGGACGGCCCAGCCCCCUGCGCCUCCCCCUCCCCGCCCCCCAGCGACGACCUCCAAGAGGACCACAACUACAGCACGGCCAAAUCCCCUGGCAUGCCCUGCUCUUCCCAGGGGCCCUCGGUGUCCGACGACGACAUCAUCGCGGUGGAGGUCGGCGUCCACCGAGGCGUCAAGUCGGAACCGAAAGACGUCCCGCUGGACUCGGCGUCCGUCUCCUCCUUCCUCUCCCAGCAUGCCCGGCGGCGGGGCCUGCCGUGGACGAAGAACCGUCUCCGGGCCUUGGGCGACACAUUGCCGCUGAAGAAGCGCCGGUCGGCGGCGGCGGCGGCGGAGAAGCCACCUUCGGAGAGUGACGACGAGGAGAUGAAGGAGGCGGCGGGCUCCCUGCUUCACCUGGCGGGGGUCCGGGCGUGUCUCAACAACAUCACCAACCGAGCUGCCAAGGCUGCCCAGAAGGAGAAGGAAGCCCUCAGAAACUAAACAAGGCCAGACCAAGACUAACACGUCGAGGCCCUGGAACGAUUGCUACGACACAGCACACGGACAACGACUAAAAGCAGCAGGUGGCCGCGCGGCGUUCCAAGGUUUUGUUACACCUGCUGGGCGACGGCAGCGGCGGCGAUUCAACACACACGAUUGUCGGGGGAAAUGGCAGAAUAAACAAUGGCGGGUACUCUGGACGGAGGCAUUGGGACUGCCACCCGCUGCUUUUAAAUGUUUGGCGUCAUGGUGUGUUGUGUCUCUCACGCCGGAUUCGUGCUAUGGGGCCGACGGAGCUGUGGCCGAUACUCUGCUGGCUCUGAUCAUUUCUCUUCAGAUUUUUUCUUUCCAGCACGGUUCCAGCAGCAACUACAAUGGAUGUAUGACCAGGCUAACCCUAUACGGCCUGGCUUGGC